AUGACUCAAUCUUUAGCAAGCAACGUCCCGGAAUUAGAUACCGGCCAGAGACCAGGCCAGGACAUGGAUCCAGACACGCACCGGCUCGUCUGCCAGACGCGCAACUUGAAGUUGGUGACCUCGGCAGCUCCUGUCUUCGCCGCACCCUUGGACCACGUUCCCUCGUCUUCCUUAUCUCGUUGUACCUUGCCUGAUCCAUCAUCGUCGUCUCCGAUACCCGAUGCCAGUGAGAGAAACGUAGCAGGACAAGGUAAUACCCCGGACGAAAGACCAGCUGGUACCCAACCUCCAACCCAUGCCUCGCUGCCCCUCGUACCGGAGGAUCAAGAAGGAAAUCCUGCCGCCUCACGCACGUUGCCACCGCCCAAGGAAGGCUUAGAUGGCAGUCAGCCUGAUCACGAUGGCGAGGGGGAAGUGAUCAUCGAGCAGGGCCCUGGCUACACCCAGGGAAUGAUGCGGACAUGUAUGGACCAACCCGUGGUUACUUCGGCGAAAAUGUCACCGCGAGAACCUGCGGCUGCAGAAUCAACGGCUCUGACGCCUUUUAGCUGCUCUGCCGCAGGAACACCGUGGGACCACAGAGGGCUCUGGACUGCUGAUGGUCCAAUGACGAGGCUAUCUCGCACCCUCCUAGACACCUACGGCUUUGCAUGGGAUGGAAGGCUCAACCUGGACGAGCUGCCAAAUGAGGUGCUCAUGCAUAUCUUGGGUUAUCUCGAGGUUUGCGAUCUCCUGGCCACGUCAAGGACAAACCAUCACUUGCGCGCUCUGUCGCUGCAGCCGAUCCUCCAGCACCACCGCCUCCGGCGUGUCCGCCUCUCGCUGCCAACCCUGCUUCUGUCCCCGUGCCGGCCCACGCUGGGCGACCUGAUUGCGCGGCACAUCUUCCUGACGCACACGACGCAGAUCUCUCGGCGGCUGGCCCGGUCGCUGGUGGCGAUCCGGCUCUCGCGCCGCCUGCCGCUCCGCCCCACGGCCGCGUCGCUCGUCCAGCGCGGCGUGCUGCCGGGCGAGUGCGUCGAGGGCCACGUGGCGCCGGGGCUCGUGGCCAAGAAGCGCGCCGUCGAGCGCGAGCGCCUCAAGGACGGCCUCCGGCGCUGGGUCGGCGGCGUCUGGCGCGGCGAGGUCGGCAAGCGCGGCGAGGGCGUCCGCCGCACCGAGGAGAGCCGCGGCGUCGGCAGGGUCUGGCGGCUGCGCCGGUUCUGGGAGCGCGUGGGCCACGAUGGUUGA